UCAGACAAAAAAAAUCACAGCUGAAGCAUGACAGAUAAAUAGCAGUUCAAUUUGCCAAACUCCUCAGGGACAGAUCUAAAGUCUCCCUCAGAGAUUACCCUUCUCUGUCAAUAAAUUCCUCAUAAAUAUUAGAUAAAUUCUUCUUGCUACAGUUUAAGGCUGUUUUCCUUUUGUGGGUUGAUUGACUAGGGAUGUUGAACGGCUGGUCAGCAUCGUCCACAUGUCACAUUGCACGUUGUAUCCGCCUUCCGGCUCUUCUCCCGGCAGUACUGUGUUCAUUAUUGAGACAUCGCCUCAUGGAUUAAUACACCAGUCUUUCAGCCAGAUCCUGUUGGGAUGAUUGCUGCGCUUCGUUUGUGCCCAGAUCAACCUUCUAACAGGAUCAUUUCAUGGACUCACUCCUUUCACUUGCUAACCAUGCUGCCUUGCUCCCAGGACCCUGUCAAGUCGACUGACCAUUAAUCUCCCUCAGCGCACAAACCAGACUGCAGGUUACAAUGGGGAACUCCGAGAGUCAGUACACCCUUCAAGGAUCUAAAAAUCAUAGCAAUACUAUUACUGGUGCUAAGCAAAAGCCUUGCUCCCUGAAAAUCCGUGGCCUUCACGCAAAGGAUGACAAGUCAUUGCACGGAUGGGGUCACGGAAGCAGCGGAGCCGGGUACAAGUCCAGGUCGCUGGCCCGAAGCUGCCUUUCUCACUUCAAGAGCAAUCAGCCUUACGCAUCCCGACCGGGUGGCCCCUCGUGUAAAGUCUCCAAAGGCAGUGCCUACUCCAAGCACAGGACAAAUGCCUCGGGAUCGGAUUUCCAGGGCAACGAUGCUGCUUUCUCCCCGGAGAACGGCUUCCACUACGUCGGGCACCCACCGGCGGAUAACCACGCGGCCUCGAGGGCCUGCAAUGGGCACCUUCUCAACUGCUACGGCAGGGACGAGAGCGUCGCGUCCACCCCUCCCGGCGAGGACCGCAAGAGCCCCAGGGUGCUUAUCAAGACGCUGGGCAAGCUGGACGGGUGCCUCCGGGUGGAAUUCCACAGCGGCGGCCCGCACAGCGCCGCGUCCCCGGGGCCCUCGGGCGGCCCCGUGCAGCUGCUGCGCUACUCGGCCGGCUCCCCGCCCAGCCCGCGCGCCUCCCCCGCCGCCGCCGCGCGCCCGCGCUCCAGCAAGGGCAGCUCGCUCAGCUCCGAGUCCUCCUGGUACGACUCGCCCUGGGGCCCGGCCGGCGAGGUCAGCGAGGCCGAGGGCUCCUUCGCGGCGCCCGGCACCCCGGAGCCUGAGCCCGAGCCCGGCCUCCACGCCGGCUUCCCGCCCAGGGACGCUCCGAAGCCUUUCAGCCAAAGCGCCUCCCUCUCGUCCCUCCGGGAACCGUACCCGGACGCCACCCUGGGGAGCCUGGCCCCCGCGGCCCUGCGGCUCUCCGACGACUACGUGGGCACGCGUGCCAGCCUCAGCGCGCGCGUCUCCUUCGCCUCCGACAUGGACGUGCCGGCCCGCGUGGAGCGCGGGGAGCCCGGGCAGUUCGCGUCCUUCACCCUUCCCUGCCGCAAGUCCAGGGCGCUGAGCGAGGAGCCCUCCAAGAAGGACACCCUGAAAGCCAGGAUGCGCCGCAUCAGCGACUGGACGGGAAGCCUCUCCAGAAAGAAAAGAAGACUCCAGGAGCCGAGAUCCAAGGAGGGCAGUGACUACUUUGACAGUCGCUCGGAUGGGCUGAAUGUGGACGUGCAGGGCCCCUCCCAGGCAUCUGCAUCCCUGUGGUCGGGCUCGGCUCAGAUCCUGUCCCACAGAAGCGAAUCCGCUCACGCGAUCGGCAAUGAUCCCCUGCAACAGAACAUUUACGAGAAUUUCAUGCGAGAGCUGGAAAUGAGCAGGACCAACACGGAGAACCUCGAAACGUCCACGGAGACCGCCGAAUCCAGCAGCGAUUCGCUCAGCUCUUUGGAGCAACUGGACCUGCUCUUUGAGAAGGAACAGGGGGUGGUGCGCAAAGCCGGGUGGCUCUUCUUCAAACCCCUCGUCACUCUGCAGAAGGAAAGGAAGCUGGAACUGGUGGCUCGGAGGAAAUGGAAACAGUACUGGGUGACCCUUAAAGAUAGAUCCUCGGGACCUGUGAUAAGGACAGUGCUUCUCUCUUUCACAGGAUGCACCCUGCUGUUUUAUGAGACCUACGGGAAGAAUUCCAUGGAUCAGAGCAGCACCCCUCGGUGUGCCCUGUUGGCAGAAGACAGCAUAGUGCAGGCCGUCCCAGAACAUCCUAAGAAGGAAAAUGUCUUCUGCCUCAGCAACUCCUUUGGAGAUGUCUACCUUUUCCAGGCCACCAGCCAGACAGAUCUGGAGAACUGGGUCACCGCCAUCCACUCGGCCUGCGCGUCCCUUUUCGCAAAGAAGCACGGCAAAGAGGACACGGUUCGGCUGCUGAAGAACCAGACCAGAAACCUCGUUCAGAAGAUAGAUAUGGACAGCAAGAUGAAGAAGAUGGCAGAGUUACAGCUGUCCGUGGUGAGCGACCCAAAGAACAGGAAAGCCAUAGAAAACCAGGUAUUAAAGAAGUGAAAGCUCAAGCUCCAUAGAAGUUGAGUUUUGAUUUUCAAGUCCUGAUGAAAUAAAUGUCUGGGGCAAUUAUCAGUACUUGUGGAAUGUAGGAAAAAGGGGAAAAAAAACAGUCUUGGGUUAAAGGAAUUGAUUUGGGGCAUUUUCAUUUUUGAUCAUAUUAGGAAAAAAUCUCCAGAAAUUCCCUGAUAAGCGUGAGGUUGGAUAAUAUUGCUAUUUUGGUGACGAUGGUUGAAAUUUACUGCGGGAGAAUGUAUCAUAGAUACAAAACUGUCUUCUGUUUUCUCCCUUUCAUUUAAGAAAAAUGUAUCCUUAUCUCAUCUUUUGAGGGAUAAAGGGAUAAAAAAUAAAAUGUUUUUCCUUUUAGUUAACAUUAAAUUGGGGCUGAACUUGAAGAUCAAGGCUGGUAGGCAAUUGAGAGGCAAGAUGUUCACCCAAAUGAGAGUGUGGAUAGUCUGACAUCUUCUCUGUAGAACACCUGGGGAUUUGUGGGUUAGAAAUACAGUUGACAAUUAGAUGAAAAUUUAACUGAAAGUUGCUAAGUAAUUACUGGAUAGCGCACGACACCCACCUUGUGAGCGAGAGGACCAAGGGCUCAGGGGCUGCAUUCUAAGUGCUUGACUGAAGCUUGUUCCUGCAUGUUGCUCCCAUCAGGAUCAGCUUUGGGCCUUGGCCAACCUGGAGGGGCCGGCUUAUUGUGUGGCCCUGGUCAGGUCACUUCCCUCCCUGGGCCUCAGUAUUCUCUGCUGAGAAAUGAGGGUGUGGUGACCCUAACUCCCUUGCAGGCUCCUUGCCUGUGUCCACAGACGUCCCCAGUAUUACAAGGUCUGUGCUGAGCUUGUGGGUCUGGCCUUUGUACUUCUCUCUUCCCUCUAAGAAACCCAAGCACCUGAAUCCAUGUCCUCACUGGACUUUUACCUGCAUAUUCUCCCACAUCCUUCUCUACAACUUUGGUGAGUCCGUGGAUAGAAAAAUCAGAUAUUUCAUUGUUUCUUAUCCAACCACAGAUCCUCAUUUGAACACUCUCUCUGAUUCUCUCUGUAAAGAACCAUGACCUUAAAAAUAAGAGAAAUAUUGUCUUUAAAUAUGGACUAGCUGUGUGACUAAUGAUAGCUUACUCUGCCACAGAGCUCUGUGGGAUGAAGGAUGUAUCAGUCAGGGUUCUCCAGAGAAACAGAACCAAUAGGACGUGUGAACAAUAUAUUUGUAAAGAGGUUUAUUAUAAGGAGUUGGCUCAUGUGAUUACAGAGAUGGGCGGGCCCCAAGAUCUGCAGUGAGUCAGCCAGCCACAGACCCAGGACAGCAGAUGAUGUGGUUUGCAUCUGAAGACUGGCAGGCUGGAGACCCAGGAUGGGCCAGUAUUUCAGUUCCAGUCAAAAGGCAGGAAAAAGGCCGAUAUCCCAGUGUGAAGGACCGUCGGGCAAGAGGAAUGCUUGCUUGCUUGGGGAGGGUCAGACUUUUUGUUCUAGCCAGGCCUUCAGCUCAUCGGAUGAGGCCCACCCACAGGAGGGAGGGCAGUCUGCUCUAUUCUGUCUACCCAUUUAAAUGUUGAUCCCAUCCCAAACACUCAUGGAAACAGUCAGAUUAGCGUCUGACCAUACAUCUGGCCACCCCGUGGCUCAGUGAAGAUAAGGACAGGAAGCAUCAUUGAAAUGGAGAAGUCAUAAAGUCCAUUCUCAUUUGCAUUUUCUACUAAGUCAGAUUAAAAAAUUUCUCGACAGUGUGCAGUACUGAUUGAGAUACUAGUUCUCUUGAAACAUAAUCACAUAUAUUAACAAACUUCUUGAUCUUUGUAAGGUCUGCUUUGGGCUUUUGGGGUCUCCCAGCCCCUUCUUUCUUUCAACAAACCUAAGCAUCUGAAUUCAUUUUCUUCCUGUGAACUUACCUGCAUUUUGUCCCAGGUUUUGGGUAGAGAGGUCUAGGUGUGCUGAAGAUUAUAAAGUGUUUCUGGCAAAAUUUGAAGAUUCCCUGUGUAUUGUUUAGGAUGGAACUGUCUUUUCCUUCCAGUGGUGCUUUGAUGUGUAGUCAUUUAAAUACAUUCAAUGAUGCCUUUAAAAAUCUUUGUAAACUGCAGAAGUCCGUGAAAAUAUGAGAGAUUGUCAUCUUUCCUGAUCUGUAGUGAUUGGCAUAGACCUGUGUUUUAUUUUAUUUGGUAUUUUGUCUUUUUAUUCCUCUGUGGAUGGCAUGGGCUCCUUUAUUGUCUGGUAUCCAAUGACUCACUGUUUUUCUUUCCUUUCAUACCCCACCUCCCCCUCCCCAGAACCCCUAGAAAGCAUCUCAUAAGCUGUUUCACAUGGAGUUAUAGAUGAGGGAUAAGCUUUAAUAUACUACCCAACCUAGAAAUAUCUGCAUAUUAUUAGAAGGCAAAAGAAUGCGUCUAAGUUGUGGAUGUUCAGGUGUCAGCUACUGAAGAUAUUUGUGAGACAGAACUCGGAGUAUAGUUUUGCUGGGACUUAUCGCUCCUGGUAUGUGUAGGUUAUGGUUACAGAAUACCCAUCCAUUACUUCUGGAAUCUAGAACUCUCUAACAUGGCAAGACCACGAAGAGAUUUGCAGUUCAAUUUGAACUGCCGUGCUAGUCUAGAACAGCGGUCCUCACUCAGGCUGGGUACCAGAGUUGUUAGAGGUGCUUUUGAAGUGUCAGCUUUUCUGGGUCUCAUGCCUAAUGAGUAGACUCCUCAGGCAGUGGAGCUGGGCAUUUUUCACCUGUAAAAGCCAACAGGUCAUUCUGGUAUUGAUGGAAGGCUGACGUGAGUGGGCUGUUACAUGACUAGCAAGGUCAUACAGCGUCUUAAAUGAGGUUAAACUGGAGAUUGAGAUUUUUCAGCGCACUCUGGGACUUUUGUUGUUUUGCAGACAAACUGUGACGGAUCAACAACUUAUUUGUUUAGACCUUGUAGCCAUCAUAUUUCUUUUAUGUGGAAAAGUUGUGCAGUGACCUUCCUAAGAAAUGGAUACAGAGAACUUGGAGGGGGUCUAGGGAGCACCCAGAAUUUGUCCUGCUUUUCCCUGGGCAGAGGCUGAGGGGACCAUAGUGUUAAAUGUCAGAGAGCCUUCAAAAUAUCAUUUAUCCAGGAUCCCGGGUUGACCUGGAAAGCGUACUGUGAAAGUUUAGGAUCUGUUUGGGUGCUAAACUUGGCAAAACUAGAGGUGCAGUUGGUGCAAAUGAAAUGACACAAUUCUUGUACCGAAUCAUUGUAAGCCUUCACUACAGACCUUCUCUUGAAUUUCGAGAUUGCUCUGAAUACCAUUUGAAGCUCUGUUUUCUGUUCUGUUCUGAAUCCCUACGUUGGCAACUUACUGGAGCCUUUCUUCACCUAUUCGUUUAUGUUUAAAGGAAGGUGAUACUUACACACAACAUACUUUAACAUUCUUGGAAGAAGGGAGAGUGGCCCCCAGAGUUUGUACUUCUUUACCAACUCAUGACUUAAAUUUUGAAGAAUACGUAGAAAUUUCUGUUGUGUAAAUAAUUAUAUGUGUCUUAAUAAAGAUGUGUAGAUGGUGAUUCUUCUCUAAUAUACUUAAAAUAGGAGUAAGAGCUCUGUUUGUCCUUAUGCCUGAAGUCAUCUGCUUGUUAGUUUUAAGUCAUCCUCAGAAUGUACAGAAAUGUGCAGCCACUUGCCUCCAUUCAGCCAGCAUCUGUUUGUGUGCAGACCAGUUAAUCGGAUUAAGAUCAGAGGCUGCGAACGGAAAAGGAACAAAGUGAAAUAACUGACUUUCAGUUGUGCGUCCUGCCUUAAGUCAGCCUGGUUUUCAGUGCUGGAGCUCUCCAAAGGUCAUGGCACGGCACUGUAUCGGGACCACCGGCUUUGUUUUGUCUUUGGCCAGCCUGAUAAAGUACAGUGCGGUCCGACCCCAUGUGUUUGGGCGGGAGGGCUUGGGAUGGGGUGAGCAGGGCAGGCUCAUUUCAACCAUGCAGCAGCACCAGCUGAAAUGACUUUUUCCUUAAAGUUUGUGGAAGGGGUCACGUUUUCAAUUUGACCCAUGAGCGCUUCUCAUUUUUAUUUAAAUUAGCCCUAUU